AUGUCUUCAUUUCGAGAAAAAGCCAUCAAGAUCAUUAAAGUGACUGUCGGGUCUACUGCUCUUGGAGUUUUGAUUAUUGGUAGUGGAUACACAAUUAUGAGAACAACCACUCCCAGCAGUGAAGAGAUGCAUCGGGCAAGUGUUUUCCAAUCCAACUAUUGA